GAUAAAUUAAACCACAAGUGAUAUCAAUAACUUUUGACGAGUUACUAUAGUCACAUGCCUUAUCUUAUAAUUUAAAAAUGAAACCGUUAACUCACUACUCUUGAAAGAUUGUACGAGUAAACUUACAUAUUAUUGAAUUAUCGCAAAAAUACAUGCACCUGGUACUAGGAAAAAUAAUAGAUCUGUGCUCACAAUACAAUUUGUCUGCACCUGUAGAUUAUUGAAUGGAUAUCAUAUUCAAAAGAAGACCGAUUCAUCCAUACAGAUUAUAGACAAGAAGUAGCCAUGUCUUCCAGUGAAGAUGAAACACACCUUAUGCGAAGUCUCCAUGACUUCAAUGAAUGUGUUUUCAAAGAGAAAAUACCCCAGAAUGCAGGAGACAUUGAUCCUAUAGUAUGGGACCUGAAAAAAGUCCUUGAGAAUCACAAGGCAAAUAUCAAUGUCAAAGAUGCAACAGGACUUGCCCCAUUAAUGUAUUUUAUACAAGAACUGUGUAUCAGAGAAGGCGAUGUUCCGGAGAUAUGGUAUCUUAUAGAAGCAAUCAAACUCCUUAUUGCAUUUGGUGCCGAUAUUAAUACUACUGAUGAAAAUGGCUUCUCUCCAUUGAUCUACCUCAGGGCAUUCAAAGGAAGGGACCAUGUAGUUAUAGAUGUCAUUACACUUUUUGUAAAUCUAGGUGCAGAAGAAGAUAUGAAUAGACACAUUACUUAUUGUGUCAUUCAUGCAUCUAUAUCCAUGGAAACAGUGCAUGUAUCCAUGGAGACAAGCAUUGAAAACAUAAGUGAUAUCUCUAUGAUAACCUUCCAUGAGAGCAUGGAGAUAUCCAUAGCAACAACAUCUAGCUCAUCUAUGGACACAACAAAUGUUUUCUAUUCCCUCGAAAGAACUGCUGAAGGUGACAAAAUUAAAGUGGACCAGAUAGUACAUGUGGUUGAAACUGUUGCCAGGAAAAUUGUUCAUGAGACACUAUCAAGUUUCAACACUUGCACUGACACUAUUGCAGUAAAUGGAACAGAAAACUUACAGACUGGAAUCCUUGCAACUCAAGACUCCACAAGUGAGCUUUUAAAAGAAUCAGAUCAACUAGAUACUGCUAACAGUGAAGUUCCAAAAACAACCACUGCUCAGAGUGUGGGCACAAACAAAGAUGCAAAUACUGAUAAGGCUUCCACAGUAGGAGCAGAUACUAAGAGAACAAGAAAAACAGCAUAUGGAUCCAUGAAUAAACUGUACACCAAACUCUCCCCACAGAUGGGUAAUUCCAGUUACACAAUUUUUAUCAACCUUGGUGUAACCUCAGGAGAAUAUGAGACAUCACAAAACAACUAUCCUCAUGAUGCAAACAGUAGAAAUAUCAACCUGCUAACAAUAUGGGACAAGAAGCAAUCCAAAGACAUUGAUAAGUGUAAAUUAUUAGCUGAAGCAUUGCAGAAAUCUGACAGAGCAGACCUUGCAGAUAUGGUUUGGGAUGCUGAUAUAUCUGAGGGUACACAAGAAUCAAAACCCCAGAAGAGAAUAGUCAUAUCAGAAAAUGCUGACAACCAAUCCAAAUAUGAUGAAGACAGUAUCCCUAAGAAAAAACCAAAGCUUGAUGACUCCAAAGCUAGUACAUGUACUGCAACUUUAAAUAUAACACUAUCUUACAACAUUGAAUCUAUGGACUCUGGAUUCAACUCUUCAACAUCAAGAAAGAGAGGAAGAUCAAAUGAAUCAAAUGAAUUAGACUCAACUCUGUGCUUUGAUGCAACAUUAGACUUGAGAAACAUCCCAGUGGAGAGAAGGCCCAGCUCAAUUCCUAACAAGAAACGGAGAUUUGAUAAUGACCAGCAUGAUUAUGGUGAUGGAGAUGUUACACUAAAGAACUAGAUGGAUAGCAGUUUUCAAGCAUUUGUUCAGUGCAUUUUCCCUUCUCUGUAGAUGUUUGAUUCAGUUUUCUUCAGGAUCCAAACAAUUUAGGGAAAUUAAAUGAAAUGAUUUCAAGUAUCUGCAGAUGUAAGGAAGGAUAAAUAAGUGCACUGAAUAAAGCUUUGAAACUGGAUGACACAUCUAUUGAUUAUUCAAUAGAUUGUACCCAAGAUAGAAAUACAACUCUUGGAUACAAUCCACUGAGAAAGAGAAGUAUAGUUUUGUAAAUAAACUAGCAUAGCUUGCUUAAAAUAGUACCAUUGCUUGUAUCAAAUACACUGUAUGUGUGUAGGCUACACUUGUCAAAUGGUCAAAUCAAGCACAGGCGCCAAGUAAUGGUCAAAUCAAAUACAAGUGACAAUUAAAACACAAUGUAUGCAGCUCAUAAAAACUUGAAUUUGAUCAUUUAUCAUAUACACUGAGUCAUACAAUGUUACAGCAUAUAUUGGACAAAUACUCCGGCUUACA